GUGAUGUGCAAUUUUUCAGUAUAAACAACUUUUGAAGGCAAAGACUCAAAUUUGUUUUAAGGAAGUCGACUCUCGUUAACUUAUCCAAGGCGUUCGUUGCGGUGCUUAAGAACAACAUGCUGAGAGCAAUCACCAAGAACAGGUACGCUUCCAGACUAAACCCAUCGCUUAAGAGUGUGAUCAAAAGGGCAAAUAGUACUGAGGCUAGUUUAAUUCAUCGAAAUAUUAUUCAUGAGUUGAGACAUAUUCCAGCUGCCAAUGAUAUGGAGAACAGAACUGGUGCACCAUUAGCAGAUGCUCAUCAAGAGAGCUGGUCCAGUCCAUAUGAUAAGGUUUUCCGUCAAAGUCAUUCGAAAGAUGUCAUGAGAUUAUGGUCUUUAUUAGAUGUUUGUCUUGAUUCCCAACAAUUUGAUAGAGCUGAAAACAUUUUGGAGGCUUUAUACCAAUUAUCCAUCGACAAUGACUUUUCAUUUAUGGAUGAUUUAAACAAAUUUUUAUGGAAAAGAUCACAAGAUGCAACACAACGCAAUCUUGAUGAUUACAUUAAAACUUGGUCAAAGAACUUUCAUGUUUCACCAAAUGCAAGAACUUAUGCCAUUUUGAUCAGUGCAGCUAUGAACAACGGUGCUCCUUAUCGUAAAUACUCGAAUCAGUUGAUUGGUAAAGCUGAUGAAAUGACCAAGGUUUUAGGUAAUGUUGAUGUUUUUGGAGUCAAAAAUUUAAAAGCUUUUGUCUCAGAAAAUGCUAUCAGCCCUAGAUUAGUUCCACAAGAGUAUAGAUAUUUACUGGAAGACGUUAGAACUGAUGAUGGCGAAGGUAAGCAGAAUUUUGAUUAUUUUGAAGAAGAUAGUACAGAGCUGCCUCCAACUUUAGCCAAAGCAAAUGCAAAAGAAUUAGUGGCUGUUGAUACCUUCGGUAUGAAAGUUAUUAGACAUACUUUACUAUCUUUGAAACCUCAUUUACAAACCAAGUUAUUUGAUGACUUGAAUGAGAAAUUAGAAGGUAAAUUCAAUUUCUUAACUUCAACAAGUGAAGAUACAACAAAUUUUUUCAACAUUUAUAAAACUUUGUCUCCUGAACAUCAAAGAAUAUUCGAAAGUGCCCUUGAUGAUUUCAACGUCGAAAGACAAUCUCAAUUAGAAAGUAGAUCAUUUGAUGCUGCACAAGAAAGAUGGAGACAUGAUUUCGAAGAAUUGACACAACAUGGUACUUUGAAUUUAAGUAAAAACUUGAAUGCUAGAUUAUGGAGUUGGUAUGAAGCAAUGAAACCAAUUGUCAAGGAAGAAAUUGAACUUUGUAAAGAGGUUGAUAAUGUUAAUGUCAAAGAUUUAUCAAGGGUUGCUAAAGCUCAACACAAUGAAAGAGUGAAAUAUGCCCCUUAUUUACGUUUAUUGGACCCAAAUAAGACUACUGUUAUUACUAUCUUGGAAUUAUUGAAAAACAAUUCAACAGGUGGUAUUCAUGAAGGUAUGAGAACUGCAAGAGCUGUUGUCUCGGUUGCUAAAGCAUUAGAAUUAGAAUUUAGAUCAGAUCAGUUGUUAAACUCUGAGAAGAAUAUGUUCAAAGGGUAUGACAAGAAGACAUUAGCAAGAGCUGAUUUAAAAAAAUAUGCUGCUACUAUGACUGCUUUCAAAUCUGAGAAAUUAGGAAACAUGAAUAUCGUCUGGCCUCAAGACGUCAGAGUCAAGUUAGGGUCAGUUUUAGUUUCAAUCUUGAUGCAUGUUGCUAAAGUUGAAGUCACUGGUGUUGAUCCUAUCACCAAAAAUCCAGUUAAGGGUGAAGCUCCAGCCUUUUAUCAUUCUUAUCAAUAUCAUAAUGGUGCUAAAAUUGGGAUUUUGAAAAUUCACAAGGCUUUAGGAGCUCAUUUAUCUGCUGAUAAACUAGUUGGUGCUGUCCAACCCCAAAUGUUACCAAUGCUUGUCAAGCCACGUCAAUGGACUGCAUGGAACAAUGGGGGUUACUACUAUUCUCAAAAUUUGUUGGUUAGAUCAAGGGAUUCUCCUGAACAAUUGGCUUAUUUGAAAGCUUCCACUGAUAGAUUAGAUCUUGUGUAUGAAGGGUUGAACGUCUUAGGUGAAACUGCAUGGACUGUUAAUGAACGAGUUUAUAAAGUUAUGUCUGAAAUUUGGAACACUGGUGAAACAUUUUUAGAUAUUCCAAAAGAUCAAGAAGAAAUGAACGUCCCUGAUGCUCCACCAAAAAAUUCAGAUCCAAGUGUAAUCAAUGAUUGGAAACAAAAAGUUAGACGUUUGCAAAAUGAAUUCGCAACAAAUAGAUCAAUGAGAUGUGAUGCUAACUAUAAAUUAGAAAUUGCAAGAGCAUAUUUGGGUGAAAAAUUCUACUUUCCACACAAUGUCGAUUUCAGAGGUCGUGCUUAUCCAUUAAGUCCAAACUUUAACCAUAUGGGUAAUGAUUUAUCAAGAGGGUUAUUGAUCUUCUGGAAAGGUAAAGAAUUAGGCGACGAAGGUUUGAGAUGGUUGAAAAUUCAUCUUUCUAACUUGUUUGGUAUUGAUAAAGCUCCAUUGGAAGAACGUGUUGCUUUUGCUGACGAAAACUUGGAAAACAUCAAAAAGACAGCUGAAGAUCCAAUGGCUAACAAAGAAUUUUGGACAAAAGCCGAUAAACCAUGGCAAGCGUUGGCCACAAUUUAUGAUUUAGCUGACGCUUAUAAAUUAGAAGAUCCAACUAAACACAUUUCACAUCAACCAGUCCAUCAAGAUGGUACAUGUAAUGGUUUGCAACAUUAUGCUGCUUUAGGUGGUGAUGUUGAAGGUGCUACCCAGGUUAACUUGGUUCCAGCUGAUAGACCACAAGAUGUGUAUACCCAUGUUGCAGGUUUAGUUACUAAGAGAUUGGAAGCUGCAGCUGCCAAAGGUGAUGAAAUGGCUGAAACUUUGAAAGAUAAAAUCAAAAGAAAAGUGGUUAAACAAACUGUCAUGACUAAUGUCUAUGGUGUUACAUAUAUUGGUGCUACUCAUCAAAUUCAUAAGCAAUUACAAGAUGUUUUCGAUGACACCGAAAGCUACAAAUUGAGUACUUAUUUGGCAAAACAUGUCUUUGCAUGUAUGAGAGAAUUAUUUGAAGGUGCUCAUUUGAUCCAAGAUUGGUUGGCUCUUUGUGCAAAAAUGAUUUCUAGAUCUAUUAGAAUUGACGUCGACACUUAUGAAGUGAUCAAUCAAAAGAACAAACCAGCAUUUAUGGCUUCAGUUAUCUGGACCACUCCAUUGAAUUUACCAAUUGUUCAACCUUAUCGUGCUGUUGUUAAAAAACAAGUUUCCACCAAUUUGCAAACCGUUUUCAUUUCUGAUCCAUUUGAAAUGCACCAAGUUGAUUCAAGAAAACAAAUGGCUGCAUUCCCUCCAAAUUUUAUUCAUUCUUUAGAUGCCUCCCAUAUGUUGUUGAGUGCCAUUUCCUGUAGAAAAGAAGGAUUAGAAUUUGCUGCUGUUCAUGAUUCUUAUUGGACCCAUGCUUCUGAUGUUAAAACCAUGGGUAACUUGUUGAGAGAAGCUUUUAUUGGAUUACAUGAAGUUGAUCUUGUUUCUAAGUUGAAACAAGAAUUUGAUCAACGUUAUCAUGGGUUCUUGCAACUAGUUGAGAUUCCACUCAAAAGUUCAGUUGGUGCUCAAAUCAUGGAACAAAGAAAGAAAUUAUCAAAAGAAUUGGGAAGACCUGUUACAUUAGGUGACGAAGUUUACAUUGAAAGAAAGAGACAAAACCUAUUGAAUAGUACAGAGCCAGAAGAAGUUGAAGAAGGUAAAGCUAUGGUUACCACUGUUAGUUUGAUUGAAGAUGUCGACGUUGAAAAAUUAGCCACUGUUAAAGAAUUGAACAAAAUUGAAAACAGCAUUGGGACUGAAGAUGAAGAUCUCUCCAUAGUGAAAGAAUCGGCUGUCUCUUCUGGAAAACAAGGUGUUUCAAAGAUUAGAGUGUUUGCCCCACUUAGAUUACCUGAAAUUCCUCCAAAAGGUCAAUUUGAUGUUCAAGAUCUAAGAGAAAGUAAAUAUUUCUUCUCCUGAUCCAAUCAAACUUCUUUAAUGCCCAUCACACAUACACCCACAUUUUUUACGAACAAUAUUGUACAUUAGAGCAUAUAGCUGGUGUUGUAUUGCAACAUCAAAGCUAUCAGGG